AUGUCGCAUAGUCCUGGAACUAGGUCUCCAGAAGUCUGUUCGGCAGCCAACGAUGAACUUGCCGCUGCCAUUUCCAAGAACCCAACUCGCAUGGCCGGCUUCGCAACGCUCCCAACCAAUGCACCAACGAAGGCUAGGUCUCGGACACAAUGCUCGAGUCUUCGCUGCUUCUUCUGGAUGGGCAGUUCUACGACGAUGAACGUGGCUCUUCGCACAUGGGGGAGUUGCUUCCGUUUCAGCUCGAGAGGGUUAUUGCGAUUGCAGACAAUUGGCAAGAAGAGAGGGUUCAGAGAGGUAUGGAAUAAAAACAUAUGGAUCACGACGAGCGGCAUGUUCGCACUUGCACCUCUGGCGUGCUUAUUGAAGACCACAUCGAUUGAUCGUGUGCUGUAUAGCGUCGACUAUCCGUUCUCAUCUAACGAGAAGGGGCUCGAGUUCUUCAAAGAGAUUGAGAAGAGCGGCUUGAUUGCGGGGGAGGACUUGGAAAAGUUUGCGUUUCGUAAUGCGCAAGACUUGCUUCGCGUGAAGGCUCAAGCACUGUAA